AUGUCAGCCAAUCCAGGUGCACUGAAACGGAAGCACUCGGGCAAGACCAUCAAGGAGCUGUUCACCACACAAUCUAAGCCGAAGCUCGCCUCUGCAGCGCCGCUGUCACCCACCAGCAAGCGCACACGACGAGACAGCUCCCCGAUAGCUAGCACCGAGAUCGCCACAUCGCCAGCUCCGAUAAGCAAGAUGAGCACAGCCGAAAUGUACCACUUUUCCAGCAAGAGGGCGGGCAUAUCGAGCAACGCCGAGGUGGUGGAUAUUACGUCAAGCCCCGACAACAGUCCUGCGAAAGCCAAUAGUCAGCGGAAUGACAUGCGAAAGGCGGCGCCUAAUAUGCAUGCCAACAGCGGUCCCAAGCGGUUGGUAGUGAAGAACUUCAAGCCUACGAGGAAGGUGGACCCCAGGGUCUUCUUGGAUCAAACAUGGCAGAAGAUCGAGAAGGCUUUGGAUACCAUCUUCCGGCAAGGCGAUGUCGAUUUCAGUCUUGAAGAGCUGUAUAGGGGUGUAGAGAAUGUGUGUCGGCAAAACAUGGCAAAAGACAUCAAGGAACGAUUGAUUGCGAAAUGCAAGGACUACGUAGGUGGAAGUCUGAAGGCGAAGGUUAAGGAGAGUCUGGGCAGGCCAAACAUUGACGUGCUGCGGGCGACGUUACAUGCUUGGGCGGUAUGGAACAGUCAAAUGAAAUACCUCGAUUGGAUCUUCUGCUAUCUCGACCGCGCCUACCUGCUCCCACGACACGAAUCCCUACGCGAAAUCUCGAUAAACCUCUUCCGUUCCAUCAUCUUCGAACACGCGAAAUUGAACCCACGCAUUGUCGAUGGCGCCUGCGAUCUCGUCGCUGCUGACCGAACGGGCGGCGACCUUGACAGCGAGAUGUUCUCCAAAACGGUCAACAUGUUCCACGACAUGCAAGUCUACACAUACUCUUUCGAGCCGCGCUUGAUGGAAAUAAGUCAGGAGUACGUGACGAAAUGGGCCGACACAGAGAGUUCAGAAAAGUCGUUACCCGAAUACGUCCGCAAUGCAAGAGCGCUUAUGGACCGCGAGAUGAAGAGGGUCGACAUGUUUAGCCUUCCGAAUACUACCAAGCGAGAGCUCCUCACACUCCUCGAAGAUCAUUUGAUAUCGAAGAAGGAGUCACGACUGACUAACCAGGAUGAGCUUGCCGAUCUCCUCGAUACCAAUGCCAUUGAAGAUCUUUCGCUACUGUACACACUCCUCGAACGUAGAAAGCUCGGCGCGAAACUACGGCCAGGGUUCACCAAGUGGAUCGAGGACGAGGGCACAGCUAUAGUGUUCAACGACAAAGAGCAAGAGAACAUGGUCAUACAACUGCUCACGCUGAAGCGUCAACUGGACACUAUAUGGAAGGCUUCUUUCCAUCGAGAUGAGGAGCUGGGACAUGGUUUACGAGAAUCAUUUGACAAAUUCAUGAACAAGACCAAAAAGACAUCCGCAAGCUGGGGUACAGAUAACUCAAAGACCGGUGAGAUGAUUGCCAAGUACGUGGACAUGCUGUUGAGGGGAGGCGCAAAAGCUAUACCAGCACAACUUAGUCGGAAAGCCGAUAAGCCUGCAACUGUAGAGGUUGAAGAGGAUAACGAGGAGGGUGUUUUCGAUGAAGAUACAGAAGUCAAUAAUCAGCUCGACCAAGUCCUCGACCUGUUCCGUUUCCUGCAUGGCAAGGCUGUGUUUGAAGCUUUCUAUAAGAAAGACUUGGCUAGACGACUAUUGAUGGGCAGAAGUGCGAGCGCGGACGCUGAGAGGAGUAUGUUGUCGAGGUUGAAGAUUGAAUGUGGUGCUGGCUUCACCGCCAACCUCGAGCAGAUGUUCCGCGAUAUCGAACUCUCACGGGAAGAAAUGAGUUCGUACAAAAACAUCAGCGAGGAGCGCAACGAGAAGCUCAGUCUGGACCUCAAUGUCAACGUCCUUUCUGCGUCAGCUUGGCCUACAUACCCCACUGUCCCUGUAAUUUUGCCUCCGGAAAUCCAGUCGGCGAUCAACAAAUUUGAAGCACACUACAAGGUCAAGCACUCUGGCCGUAAGCUGGAGUUCAAGCAUGCGCUCGCACAUUGUCAAAUCAAAGCCAGGUUUCCCAAGGGACUCAAGGAGUUGGUUGUGUCAUCCUUCCAGGCUAUCGUCCUCCUGCUGUUCAAUGGCCGAAAGGAAGAUGAGCAUAUCGACUACGACUACCUUAAGCAGGCCACUGGUCUACCAACGGCUGAGCUUAACCGCACUUUACAGUCUCUCGCCUGCGCAAAGGUUCGGCCUUUGACCAAGCACCCCAAAGGCCGAGAGAUCAAUGAAACUGACACCUUCACACUCAAUACCUCAUUCACGGACCCGAAGUACCGCAUCAAAGUCAACACCGUUCAGCUCAAGGAAACAGCAGCCGAGAAUAAAGAGACACAUGAACGUGUCGCUGCUGAUCGAAAUUACGAGACGCAAGCUGCCAUUGUCAGAAUUCUCAAAGCGAGGAAAAGAAUCAGCCAUGCUGAACUGGUCAGUGAGACCAUCUCAGCAACGAGGAACAGAGGAACAUUGGAGGUUAGCGGUAUCAAGAGGAACAUUGACCGCUUGAUUGAGAAGGAGUUCUUGGAGAGAGAGGACGACGGAUUGUACGCUUAUAUUGCUUAG